GAAGGUGAACACAGCUCAGUUCAUGGCACUCUAUGCCUGGUUGGGCACUAUAAUAUUUAGUAUCUUUGUUUGUGUCGGGCAGGUAAUUUUUGCUUUGGGAGCGCUACUUAAUACUUUCUGGGUGAUGGACAUGGGCAGAUUCAUAUUUGGAAUAGGUGGAGAGUCCUUAGCAGUGGCACAAAACACAUAUGCGGUCAGUUGGUUUAAAGGCAAGGAGUUAAAUCUUGUGUUUGGAUUACAACUGAGCAUGGCCAGAAUUGGAAGCACAGUGAACAUGAAUAUCAUGGGAUGGAUAUACUUGAGAGUUCGAGAUCUUCUGGGGUAUACUGGUCCCAGUACUCUUGGGUUAACUCUCAUGAUAGGUGGCGUAACGUGUCUCUUUUCACUGACCUGUGCAUUAAUCCUUGCUUAUCUGGACAAGAGAGCAGAGAAGCUGCUUUGUAAAGAGCAAGGGAAAACGGGUGAAGUGAUUAAGCUAACUGAUGUGAAGGACUUCUCUUUGUCCUUGUGGCUCAUAUUUGUAAUCUGUGUCUGUUAUUAUGCAGCGGUUUUUCCUUUCAUUGGACUUGGAAAGGUUUUCUUUAUUGAGAAAUUCAAAUUCUCAUCUCAAGAAGCAAGUGCAAUUAACAGUAUUGUGUAUAUCAUAUCGGCACCCAUGUCCCCAGUCUUUGGACUCCUGGUGGAUAAACUUGGAAAGAAUAUCAUCUGGGUCUUGUGUGCUGUAAUAACUACACUUGCUUCUCAUAUUAUGUUGGCUUUUACCUUCUGGAACCCCUGGAUAGCAAUGUGUUUGCUAGGAUUGGCCUACUCAUUGCUUGCCUGUGCCUUGUGGCCCAUGGUGGCCUUUGUUGUUCCAGAACACCAGCUGGGAACUGCUUAUGGCUUUAUGCAGUCUAUCCAGAAUCUCGGUCUGGCAAUUAUUGCUAUAGCAGCUGGGAUGAUUCUGGACACAAGAGGAUACUUGUUUCUUGAAGUCUUCUUCAGUGCUUGUGUUUGCUUGUCACUAAUAGCUGUAGUCAUGCUGUAUUUUGUGAAUCACCUCACAGGUGGUGAUCUCAACUGGUCUGCAAAGAAAAGGGAAAAACUGCAAAAAGUAGCUGCAAAUGAGUUUACGGUGUUUUACACUGUGCUUAAGCUCCCUCAUUGGAGAGGGUACUCUGCAACCCAAGACAAAGCUGUUCAUCCUAAGAUAAAGAUUAGUAUAAAGUGUCUUCUAUCUGCAGCACUACCAUUUUGGUGGGGGUGGAGACUUCUUAACAUGGCAUUUUACGUUCUGUAACGAGGCCCGUUGCCUUACAGAGCUUAGAAAAGGAUCUCUGUUACUAUCUUUGUCACUGUCCUAAUGCAAACCACUGUCUCAAGCUGAGUGUAUUUAGAGCUCUGUUCGGUCCUGUUUCUCUUAAAGACUUACACGGAAAAUGAGCAACAGUGCUCUGAUCAAAUACUGACUCUUGUAGGAGACUGCUAUUAAUGCUGAAGGCUGCUGAGCAGUCUUUUAUUUGCUUUUUUGAUGAUCUAUUCUUUUUGUAUUCUAAUCUUUAUUUUAAGGAGUGAAAGCUUGUUUAAUAAAGAGAUAGUAAAAAUUGUU